AGAGAGAGGGCUUGCAGAGAGCAGCCCACUCUGCUUACUUCCACCAGAUGGGAGAGCAGCAGCAAGUCUGGGAGUUCAAAUCAGGAACAGGAAGGGUUAAGACGGGUCCAGGGCUCUGCAGAGUCCUGGUGGCUCAGCUCCAGGUUGGUAGCAGGGAAGCAGGGGAGGAGCUAGCUUCAGCAGGGGCUGGAAAGGAGGGAGGAGGGAGAACGGCACCUCAGGAGCCUGGUUUGGGACCACGGAGGACCCAUAGAGCAAGGAGGAGGGGCGUUUGGAUGCCCAGGCUUAAAAGGGGGGUCAGAGCCCACGAGACGCCAUUGUGGGCUUCUGCCCCAUGCAGAGCAGACAUGAUUUGAGACAUCUCACCACUGUAUAUAGCAUGCACAAUAAAACUAUGAAAAUCCAGAGGAUGUGUGGAGUGCUUACUCGGGAGUAGCCAACACCCCAUCUGUGACAGCAAGCCCACAAUCUUUUGAUGGCUACCCCGAGGGAAGAGGGCUGCAAAUGGAGCAGCCGGCAUGAAGUUGGCAGCAUCUAAAGCAGAAGAGAGAGAUGCCGAGGGAGGAUUGGCAUGAGUUGCCAGCACCCUGCAACUAUGGAACGGCUCAAGCACCAGGUAGGCACCCGGGCACAGGGGAAGCCAAGCUUAGUGAACCGAGCAGCUCUGAACACAGCCAAGCCGGGGGAGCGGAGGCUGGACAAGCAGAGAGGACACUCGGGACGGGCCAGCACUUCGUAGGGCGACCCUCAGCACAAGCUGGCUCUAAGACUGAGAGGCAUGGUGGCGUGGAAGUGCAGGAGGCGGAGAGGCGAGUCCGGGCAGAGGGGACAGACGGAGGGGAAAGGCAGCGGCCACAAGUUCCCAUACAGUCCCGGGGAGGCAGCUGCAGCACAGCACAGCCCCCUCCAGCCAGAUGUGAUGCAGAGGGACAAAGCCCGCGCGCGGGUACUUUUAAACGCUGACGCGGGAAAACAGAGGAAAGAGAAAGGCGGGAGAUGCCUUUACAAUGCACCCAGCCACUGGGUGGAACACUGCCCCCAGAGGAAGGAAUGGCGAGAGCAGGCAGGCACAGACACAAGCUUGGAUGCCAGAUCAGGAGGGGAGGGGCCAGGCAGAGCACCAACAACUGAGCCCUCCUGUAACACCCCACAGCACGACAAAGAGAUGGAAGUGAGUCUGCAGCUGCCAAGAGGCCAGACCCAGGAGACAGUCGGGCUUCUCCGCAGGGGCAGCAGCGACGAUUUCCUAUCGGUGCACUUGGCUAAGCAGGAUCAGAUUCCCAUUUUCCCAAGGGAGCUGCCCAUGAGCGUCUUGACCGUAGGCGGCCGGGAAUUGCAGGAGGGUGAGGUCACGCAACAGACCCCCUCUCGGAAGAUGACAGUGAACAAGCACGCAGAAGUGCUAGCUUUGGACUUAAUGGACAAUGACCCUGUGGGCAGCCAGCGCCGGGGAGAUCUCACCUUUGGAGAUGCAGACGGCAAGGAGCACUGCAGGAAAGAAGGAGAAUCCUCAGGAUCGCACCACAUCAGCUCCCCAGGCGGAUGGAACGACGCAGAGGCGGGGAUGCAGGAAGAGAAACUGAGCCAACUCACCAAAGAGGACACUUUGACCCAGAACAUACGGAGGGACUUGAGGGAGAAAAAGGGGGCAGGGGAAGGGCUUGCAGAGAAAGAGGGGUUACUCUUUAGCAAUGAUGCCCGGUAUAUGCCCCAGGACUCCCUCAGAAGGAAGAUUCUCAGGCAAUAUCAUGACAACCCCACGGAGGGGCAUGCAGUACAUGUCUUCACGAGGCUCACACCCAGUAAGGCCAGUCUUGGGCGAAACCCCAGAGCCUUCCCAGAGCAGGGGGAGGGGGAGAUUGGGGGACCACCUAUUGAGGCAUGGGGUGAGAGGAGGGAGACAGUACACCAACAACUGGAUGGAGAUGUGGCAAGGGGCAAUGAGGCUUACAAGGAGGGGGCAGACCAUCACAGGGGACUGGAGAAGGUCUUCCACGGAGGGGACAGGGUCUGGCUGUGGUCAGAAGGCCUUCCCAUGGGGGGAAGGGGGAAGAAGCUGGCACCCAGAAGGCUGGGGCCCUUCAAGGUUCUGACACAGAUCAACCCUGUCACCUUCAGGGGGGAAGCACCUACAGCGAGAAAGGUCCAUCCCGUGGGUCACAGGUCUUUGCUCUCACACUUUAGGGAAAGCCCAAGGUUCAGAGGACGUGACACACAUCCAACACAAGACGCUGACAGGAGGGAGGGGGAGGAAAUCACACAAAAGACACUAGACAGAAGGGUGGAGGGAGAAGGCAGCCAAGAGGUUCCAGAAAGAAAGGAAGAGGAGGAGGUCUACAGUGCCACAGCGAGCCCGGGCUCCCGGUGGGGGGAGGGGGGGUUAAAAUGUCUGAUGGCCAGGCAGGGCACUCCUGCUUCCCAAAACGCGGAGGCAACCACGCACACCAUGCAAGGGGAGGACCGCACACUGGAACUGCACGCUCCUUUCUCCCACAGACCCAAACCACCACACGUCAGUAGCACAGGGAACACAGAGGGGGAGGGCGAUCCCAGGUGGGGAGCAGGGGAGACGCAGACCCAAGGAGCCCUCCGGGAAUCGGAAGCAAUUUUCCAGAGGGAGGAGGAGGAUGACAACGGAAGGAACUACACGGACCAGCCACCCAGCACCGACGGGGAACAGGAUUUUACACACACUACAGAGGAGGAAGACCUGUCAGGCUUCCAGCCCUCUUUACAGACAUCAGACCAGGCAAACCAGGCCUCAGGAAGGGGGGGGAGCCUGGAGGGGGGGUGGAUGUAAGAGAGAGGGCUUGCAGAGAGCAGCCCACUCUGCUUACUUCCACCAGAUGGGAGAGCAGCAGCAAGUCUGGGAGUUCAAAUCAGGAACAGGAAGGGUUAAGACGGGUCCAGGGCUCUGCAGAGUCCUGGUGGCUCAGCUCCAGGUUGGUAGCAGGGAAGCAGGGGCGGAGCUAGCUUCAGCAGGGGCUGGAAAGGAGGGAGGAGGGAGAACGGCACCUCAGGAGCCUGGUUUGGGACCACGGAGGACCCAUAGAGCAAGGAGGAGGGGCGUUUGGAUGCCCAGGCUUAAAAGGGGGGUCAGAGCCCACGAGACGCCAUUGUGGGCUUCUGCCCCAUGCAGAGCAGACAUGAUUUGAGACAUCUCACCACUGUAUAUAGCAUGCACAAUAAAACUAUGAAAAUCCAGAGGAUGUGUGGAGUGCUUACUCGGGAGUAGCCAACACCCCAUCUGUGACACCAGUAUUGUUGAGAAGGUCGUACUCUCUAGGAAGAUGUAUUGACCUGAGAGACCCCAGUACCUGAAAGCUCGGGAUCGCUGCAUGUCUUAUUAAAACGACAAGGAAGAAUUCCACGGGUGGUUGCAUUCUGCCACUUGAACGACUUUGCACAGAGUAUGCCUGUAGAAAUUCCUAUUCAAGAGACAGGCAUUGCGCCGCCUCAUUGCAAAGUCCGGCCCCCCACAAGGUCUGAGGGACAGUGGACCAGCCCCCUGCUGAAAAAAUUUGCUGACCCCUGACUUAGAAGAUACUGCCUCUGCUCGCACAAAAGAACAAAG